AUGAGUCUGCGUCCAUCAACAAACACUUCAAUGCGCUCGUGGAGGCGUUACUUCCCACUAAUUUCUGUUGAUUCUGUAGUAGUUCUUUUCGAAGAAAUGCUUCAAAACAACCAUAGUAUGGAAUCCUUCCCUCCUUCCAGUGGCUUUGAACCCAAUCUUGCGUUCGCUUCAAUAAUUUUGGGCUAUAUUGAAAAUCAUAUCACACGUGAUCCCUCUGCUUCCCUUUCUUCAGAAGCCUCUCUUUCAGCCCUUUCAUCUCGUAAACGACCCUCUUCAAGUAAUUUGAGAUCCUCCCGUGCAGUGAAACGUAUGAAAAAUCGAGUUUUAUCUCCUGCACCUUCUCCGAUUGAAGUUCAUUCUCCUGACGGUGUUUUGAUGGCUCAAGACGAUGAUGCGAGAUCUUCAGUAUCCAUGCCUUCCAGUGAUUUUGCGUCAUCACCAAUGAGUAUUUCCAUGGAGUCCCCCAAAUCCAUAUUUCCAAUUCUGAAGUUUGAAGACGCCGAACAGCUUUAUCAACAGUUCUAUGAGAUGAUUGUUCUAGACCCUAAGCUAUCUUCUUUGUCUCGAAAUCCUGUGGACUCUGUAGCUGGAGGAUCUACCAAACGACCAAUUCCCCAAUCCUCCAAUCGGGAUCUUAUAAAGUUGGUCUGCGAUGUCAUAUGUUCGCACUUGUCAUCGUCUCUACGCAUACGUGAGCGGAUUGGCCAUGCUCAAACUAUCUACUCACUUCUCAAAUCUGGACAACUGGAUAGUUUCGGGUUGGCCUAUAGCACUGUGGCGGCCUGCCAACUCCUCGGAUAUUCGGACGUCCAUUUGGCUUUGUCUGAAGACCACGCCUGGGUUGAGUUUGGACCCCCUGAACGGCGAGAGAAUGCAGACGUCUCCGUGAUGCCUGGUUUGGGAUUACUCUCCUCGUCUUCUGGCGACACUAUCUCCUCAUCCCCAGCUACCCUUCUUCGUCCACCACCUGUUAGACUUGAACCCUUCCUUCACUCCUGGCUCUACCUCAAUGGAUACCCGGUGGUCUGUAACCCCGGAGUCCUAUCGAUUGCUGCUGUUGUUGCCGCUAUCCAACCCUCUAGACUCAUCAAGUCGUCCGUUGAAUCACUUGUAGGGGAACACUUCUCUUCAAGACGUUUAAAAAGUAAAAUGUCAGCUUUGUCGACGUCUAGUGAUGGGCACUCAACACGGAUUGUCGAAGGAAUUUCUACAGAGCUAUUGCAGUUGAAACAGCGUCUUCUGUGGACUGUCUAUCGAGCCGGUCUCUUGGAUCGAUAUCCCCUGGGUUUGACCAACUUAGCUGAAAUCGAAAUGGGAUUCCCCACUCCCGGUAUCAAAGCUUCGGACAUCGCUUCUGAUUUGCAGCUCACUUCCGCCAGCUACACUCUUCCUGAGGUCGUUGAAAUUCGCGGAGAGGGUAUUGUUAAAGAGGUAGACUUUCAACCGGACAUUCCUCUUGAAUUACUUCGUCGUGCAGUGGAAAUUAACAGGGUGUUUUUUCGAAAUCAACACGUCUAUCCCUAUCUCUACUUGGCCAACUAUCAUAGAAGGAGGGGGGAUGUUGUUGGCGCUUUGCACUAUUGGGUUGAAGCCGCCCGUGUUAUUGGACAGUACAACCAUAGUACAGAGGACGUAGAAAUCUACAGAGAAUUCCUUGAGAUUGGAACAGUAAUUAUUCCAGACUUUUUUCGACCUCGACUCGGUGAUGCUUCGGGACCAAACCUUCUAGAAAAUCCUCUGUGUAUGGCCUACCUGUUAGUCUUCUUCGAUCAUCUUUGCUUAUGGGAAGAGGGCUCUACAGUUCCAGUUCUCCACGUGGGUUGGGUGGAUAAAUUAGUCACCUCGUUAGUGCGUUUCCCUCCGGCCGUUCGGACUCAACUCCACAUCGAAGUGACUCGCUCAACAAAUGAUGAGUCCUCAGGAUCUGUUGCUGUGGCCGCCAAGAAAUCUCGAUGCAGACCCUCGACCACGGCUACAACAGCUCUCUUGUCCGCCCAGCCUGUAAAUAAGCUGGAUGAUUCCAAAGGAGAAAUGGAUGGAGUGAAAAAUGAAUCUGCUCAGCAGCCAUUAAUAGUUAUCCUGCCUCCUCCUAUUCCCUCAUCGGCUGGUCUUCAAAGCUCGUCGACUACUGGAUCCUCGGUGCUCUCUGUUUUUCCAUCUGGAGGUGAAAUUUCUUCGACACUUCCAGAAGUCGAUGGGGCACGAUCUGCUUCUGAAUCGGUCAUUUCCUCCUCAUUGAUUAAUAAUGAAGUUGACGAUGAGAAGGAUGAGGAGGAUGACAACCCGCUGGAUGUUAAUCGGCUGAUGUUAGAAUGCGCAGCUGGAAACACCAAAAAAGUGAUUGCAAGGCUAGCGAAGGCAUCACAAUUUCGCAUCCUCAAUCCGAGAUUUCUCAUGGGUGUUAAAAAUGAGCCUCCUUUCACUUCUAGUGACGAUUUAAAUGACUUUUUCCGCGCCACUACUGAGUCUGCCAUCUCUCAGAAGAACGCCGAUGGCUUGAAGAAUGCUACAAAAGAAGACGUAAAGCAGGGUGAGGAGGAAAAUCAGGCUGUUGCUGAACCUGUAGGUCACCCUGGACAUCAUCGUGAAUUGGCUGUUGUGAGUACCGAGGGAGAGGCUAUAGGGAUUGACAUUCCCUCUCAUCGACAUUUACAUCGUAUUUCGCCUUCUCCUGAGUCUUCAGUCUGUCCUUCGCUUCCCUCGAUAGCGUCCACUCCCCCACUUCCUCUUCAUCAACCACCUCUCCCGGUUACCAUGGCAACACAUGAUGAAAUUGAAUCUGAACGCACUGAAGCUUAUUUGCAACAGCCCAUUUCAUCUCAUGUGGGACAAACACAAUCCAGGAUAGCAGAAGUCGAUGCUCCGACUGAAGCAGAACCAGCAGGAGCUGCUGCAGAUUCCAAAUCCCCGGGCGUUUAUAUUCGCUUCUAUUCCACAAAGAUGUGCAGGAUCGGGCGUCUUUUGAAUACACCAGGACCUCUCAAAACCUCGGCGAUUAAAUUGACCCUUACAGCUCAAAGUGAAGUUGAUAUUGGUCGGAGGAGUCGUUUUCGCCGGUCUUCAGCAUCCACAAGUUGGAAUCGAAUACCAGAUAGCAAUUCCGCACCGGCUACUGAAUAG